UGUGGGCUGUCGUCCAUGCACACUUGUUCAACCUGCGUCUAACCUGUCGGGAGCACUUCUAGCGAGGAUACCAAGCAAAGUGGACCAAGAUGAGGACAGUUUCCCUGCUUCUGUUGGUGGCAUUUAUAUCCUUGGCUGAGUCUCAUGGUGAGGGCCACAAGAAGCGUGCCAAGCGGGAGCUUCUGGCACGUUCCAAAAGAAGGUGGGUUUUGUCUACAAUUGAAGUAGUAGAGGAAGAUCCUGGGCCGUACCCGAAAAUAAUCUCACAGAUGCAUAACGACCAGGCUAGAGAGAAUGGCCACAAAUUCCGUUUAAGUGGAAUGGGUGUCACUGAGAAUCCACUAGGAGUGUUCGCCAUUGAUGAAGAUACCGGAACCGUCUAUGCUCUUAAACCCAUUGACAGGGAAGAAUGCGACCUCUUCCAUAUCAAGUUUGAUAUCUUGGACAAACAGACCGGUAGAAAUAUAGACAGGGACCUAGCUAUUGAUGUAGAAAUAAAGGACAUCAACGACAACGCACCUACAUUUUCCUACCCUCGAAUGAAUGCCAGUGUAAAGGAAAACACACCAGAGGGGUACUUGCCAGUGCAGCUGCAGGUCACAGACAGAGAUAAGAGGGAUACACCUAAUUCUACAGUCACCAUCAGUAUAAUUUCACAAAACCCACAGGAGCCCAAGAUUGAUGUGCAUCAGAUUGACCAAAGAAUGGCCCAACUCACCGUUAAAGGAUGCUUUAACUAUGAUAAAGUAAAUAAGUAUGAAGUUGUUGUUCAAGCAAAAGAUCAUGGAACACCAUCUCUGUCCUCCACCACUGUGGUUACUCUCAAUAUUCUUGACACAAACAGUCAUCCGCCAACAUUUAGGGACAAUAAGUACCAAAGUGAGGUGUUAGAAGCAGUCACCAAACAUAAUGUUUUGAGAGUUGCAGUAGAUGACAAAGACACUCCUAAAACUCCUGGCUGGCGUGCAAAAUACUUCUUCAUUAAAGGGAAUGAGGAAGAACACUUCAAAAUUGAAACUGACCCGGAGACAAAUGAAGGUAUUCUGAGUGUCAUCAAGGGCCAGGACUUUGAGAAGACCAGUUUUACCACAUUGCAGAUUGGAGUGCAGAAUGAGGAACCCUUAUUUAUUUGUAAAAAUGAAUCACCCCUUAGCAGAAGUGCACUUCCACCUCCGCAUUCAGUCAGUGUCACAGUCAAAGUGAUUGAUGCCAAUGAUCCACCUGAGUUUGAGAAAGGAACAGUUCACAUACAUCAGAAGGAAGAGGAGCCACCAGGAAAGUUGCUUUUCACUCCAAAUGUCAAAGAUGCCGACUCAAACGUAUCACACAUCAGAUAUGUGCUGUUAGAAGAUCGAGCCAACUGGGUAGCCGUGGAUAAGACAACAGGAAAGAUAACAACAACUAAGAAGAUGGACAGAGAGUCCCCUUUUGUUAAUAACAGUGUUUACAAAAUUGUCAUCAGUGCCAUAGAUGAUGGUGAGCCUCCAGCCACAGGUACAUGCACUAUCCUGGUCCAUCUGCGGGAUAUCAAUGACAACACGCCUAAGCUGGUCAACAGUAGUGUCAUUAUGUGUGAAAACAAGGUUAACAAGGUCAUGGUGCCUGCCAAGGACUUAGACCUGCCUCCUUUCAGUGGGCCCUUCAUCUUCUCCCUGGGGGGUGAUGACAAAAAUGUGAAGCAGCGCUGGAAACUAGAUCCCGCCACCGGUCAGGAAGGUGGCCUUGUUAGUGUGACGAUGCUUCCUUAUGGUAAAUACUCAGUGCCCCUGGUUAUUGCGGACCAGCAGAAUAUGGCUGGACAUGACACUCUGGAAGUGAUGGUGUGUGAGUGUGGAGAAGUCAACGUUUGCCGUAGCAAAAAGCCAAUCUCGUCCAGCCUCGGGGCACCUGGCAUUGGACUGAUUUUCGCAGGAUUGCUCUUAUUUCUGUUACUGCUACUGAUCUUUGCAUGUCAGUGUGGAAAGAAGGAGCUCCCCAUGGUGCAGGAUGAGGGCAACCAGACCCUGAUCAAGUACAACCAGGAAGGAGGGGGCUCUGCAUGCACAGCCGAACCCAUUCUGCUCCAGACACCUACAAAUGAUGUAGCUGUGACAGAUGGCCUAAUACAGGCCACAGUGCAGAUGUCUCAGAUGCCUCCACUAAUGACCCAGGAAAUGAAUAUGUACAGCAGCUCAGGCCUCAGCAUGAUGAGCUCUCACAUGACUUCACUGGGAGUGCAACCUCCAAGAGGUUCUCUCAGAAGCCAUGAAGGGCAGACCAUGUACUCUACACAGACUGCGAACAGGAUGAACACCUACCAACAGGGCAGAUCACCAAGGUACCAUGACUCUUUAGGCCUGUGGGCAAAUCAACAUAUUGCAGAUCACAUCAACAGGAAAUUCAACAUGAUCGAUGGAGACCAGGUAGACUACCCAGUGUACCGCCCCUACAAAUAUGCAUACGAAGGACAGGGCAGCAAAUGCCAGUCACUGGAUGAGCUGUCACUCAGCAACCUGGGAGAUGAUUUGAAGUUUCUGAAUGAUUUGGGGCCCAAGUUCAAGACCCUGGGAGGAAUCUGUCACCAGGCAAUUCAAGAAAAAAACAUACAGCUUUAAAGGGCAUGGCUGGAAUGUGAUUUUUAUAUUAAGCAGGUAUCUGGCAUCUAUCCAUGACACAAGGAUCUAAGAGAGGUUGUAUUUUGUUUGAUUCAAGAUGGAAUUAAUACUGUUCCAUGACAACAUUUAGUUAAAUAAGCUGAUUCCUGUGGGAUGUUACCUCUCUGGAAGAGCUCAAACUGCUCCAGAUGGCUUUAAAUCAAGUCUUAAAGGGGUUUAUAAAGGUGCUACCCAAGGAUCAAUAUUAGGCCCAUUGCUUUUUUUAUCCUGUACAUGAGUAACAUUUAUUUUCCAAACCAACAUUGCAAUGCACAUGAUAUUAUCUUGUAUGCCAUUGGGCUGCAUUUGAAGGCAUGCAGACCUCUCUGUUUAACUUACAGUAAAGCUUGUUCUAAACUCCAGAAAAACUAAAUGUAUGCUGUGUAUCUCAGUCACUGAAAUUCCCAAUCCUAUCCAAGUUCUAAAUCGAGAUGCAAUUAAUUCAGUCCAGCAUUAUAAAAUACUUUAGAAUUUGGUUAGAUACACAGUACUAAAUUGCCUUACAAAAUUUAUGUUCUUGUACUUUUUCCUCAGAAAUUUAAAAAUCUGAUUUUUUAUUUAUCUUGAAAAAGAGCUUGUUUCUCCUUUAACAAGAGAAGUAUCAUUAUACAACCCACUAUACUAUUUAUAUUAGAUUACAGACAUAUCUUUUAUGCUCCUGUGGCUGGCGCCAC